AUGGAAACCAAGCUACAGAACAAUUCUGCUGAUUCUGAGAUUGAAUAUAUCUUGGAGAGAAGCUAUCAGUUUUGUGGACAACAUUUAUGGAUCAGUCAGAGCUCAAAUUCCCAGAUUGGGACUUCUGCUUUUGUAUGGGAAGCUGGUCUUGCUCUGUGUGAGUAUAUUGAAGAACAGAGGAUAAUCUUUAAUGGCAUGAAGGUGAUCGAACUGGGUGCAGGAACUGGAAUAUUAGGAAUCUUAGCAGUUCUGCUAGGAGGAAAUGUGACAAUUACAGACCAACCAAAUGUUCUAAAGCAAAUUGAACGGAAUGUUAUUGCCAGCAUCUCACCAUCUUGUAGAGAUCGGGUCAAUAUCCGUGCCCUAUCCUGGGGUCAUGAUCACACUCACUUUCCACGUGACUAUGACUUCAUUCUUGGUGGAGAAAUUGUCUAUUUUUCAAAGACCUAUCCCUUACUAAUAAAGACUCUACAACAUCUCAGUAGUGAAAGAACUAUCAUUUAUCUUUCUUCGAAAAUGUGGCAGGACUUUCAGAUCAACAAAUUCUAUGAAGACAUUCUACCUGAGCAUUUUAAUUGUGAACUGGUUUACAGAAAUGAAGAAGAUGACAUCAAUGUGUACAAAGUGACCAAAAAACGUCCAAGCUCUGGGGAUUAG